ACUACGGCACUGCAAUAGUGUUUUUUAUACAACAUCCUACUUGAAUUCACUCUGUAACUAAGUGCUUUAACUUUUUCUCUUCUACACUUUUAACACGCAGAGUAAAUCACAUAUUUUACUCCCAAUGGUUUUACUUUGGCUAAGAACAUCCAUAACAGUUAUAAACAGACACGCGUCAAUCACGUUUAAUGUUAGAAAUAUCUUCAAGUCAGACUUGUGCAUCUCCGAAAACGUUUACUGCUUCAACCAAUCAUCGCUCGGUUUCGAGAAACUGUGGACCAACCAGAACGCGCCGUUCGCGUAAUAGACAAGGAGGUAUCUGCCACUUCAUACACGUCUCAGUAGUUUGAGAAGUCGCGCUCGUGCUUAACGAAGGUUAUUAACAAUAAUGAUGAUAAUUAUGACCACAUCCGUUCGACCGUAUAAUGUGAAUAACGACGGAAGACCACAGACGAGAUGAGAGACUAAAUUUGAUUUAUUUUUUAGCUCUAUUAUAUUCUCAUCGACUUUUUUCUUGACGGAUACAAACUCCAGCCUCGGAACUUACAUUUUGGAUUUUUUUUUGUUGAUCGUGUAAUAUUUCUAUGGUUUUAUAAAGCUGGUUGCUGGUUUGUGCACGUGUGUCGUUUUGUUCCAAGUCCCAGGAUGAUGCGUCCAUCUCUCCCUCACAACUUUCCUCACAGCGGCUUCCCAAUGGAGGUUUCCACUCCAAUUGGCCAGGGUCGAGUCAACCAGCUCGGAGGAGUUUUUAUUAAUGGUCGACCUUUACCGAAUCACAUUCGACACAAGAUAGUGGAGAUGGCCCAUCACGGGAUCCGACCGUGCAUGAUAUCCCGCCAGCUGAGAGUCUCUCACGGCUGCGUCUCUAAAAUUCUGUGCCGCUAUCAGGAGACCGGAUCCAUUCGCCCCGGAGCUGUCGGCGGGGGUAAAACCAAGACUUCAUUUCCAGUCGUGGAGAAACGCAUUGAGGAAUAUAAACGGGAAAAUCCAGGAAUAUUUAGUUGGGAAAUCCGGGAUAAAUUGCUUAAAGAAGGAAUCUGUAACCUGAACAACGUUCCCUCGGUGAGUUCAAUAAGCCGCAUUAUGAGAAGCAGAUAUGACACAAAAGUUGACGAUGAGGAUGAAGAUGAAGAGGACGUGGAAAAGCGCGAGCAGGAAGAACAUGCGCACAGAAGCGAACAUAGCAUCGAGGGGAUUCUGGCAGACAGAUCAAAUCUGUCUGGUGAAGGUUCAGACGUGGAGUCAGAGCCUGACCUGCCGCUAAGAAGAAAACAACGACGCAGUCGCACCACCUUCACUGUAGAGCAACUAGAGGAGCUGGAGAGAGCUUUUGAACGCACACACUACCCCGAUAUCUACACCAGAGAAGAGUUAGCACAGAGAGCCAAACUCACAGAGGCACGAGUGCAGGUGUGGUUCAGUAACAGGCGAGCUCGAUGGAGGAAACAAGUGGGAGCCAAUCAGUUAAUAGCAUACAAUCACCUGAUUCCUACUGGUUUUUCACACCCGGCAAUGUCAAAUCUGUCUCCAUAUCCGCUGUCAGAGAGUCCGUACACACCUGCUGGCCUUUCUCAAGAUUCAAGUACUGUUCACAGACCUCAGCCCCUCCCACCACCCUCAAACCACCAGAGUUCAGGAGGGGUGGGGCAAGAGGGCGGAGCUUCUUACUGUAUCUCCGGUCAUCAUGGUUAUGCAGGAUAUUCAGAGAGCUUUGGACCACAUAACAGGCCCACUAACUCAACCAUCAAUAAUGGAUUGUCUUCCCAGGUUAUGGGACUGUUAGCCUCAGCCGGAGUUCCUCACCAGACCCAGGCCGAGUACUCUCUGUCCUCUCUCGGCACUUUGGAGUCAGGCAGUUCCCCUAGCGCUCCCUGUGAACCUUUGUCUGGUCUACAAACUCUCGCUAACUUAUCCAGUACACAGUCUUAUGGUCCACCCUCCUUCUACAGCAUGGAGCAUAGCGCCCCCUACCAGUACACACAGUAUGGACAAAAUUCCUUUCAUUAUCUAAGACCUGAAAUCGCCUGAAAAGCUCACACAAGUUCAACUCUUCAAAAGUGCCGUCUGAUGUCCUGGAUGAAAGAGUCCAAGAUUAAGUUUUCCCACACUUUUAAUAAAAACAAAAAUGAACACAGGAGAAAACAAAUAAAUGCUGAUUUGAUAGUUAAAAAUAAAAAUCUUAUGCUACAAAAACCUUCACAUAAAUAUGCGGAGCUAUGGGAUGUCUUUAUAAAAUAGUCCCUUUUUAGACAAUACAACAUGAUAAACAGUAUCAAAACAAAAAUAACCAACAAGUUUAUAAAAUCCACAUUUUCCUUAAGUUUAAGUGCAAUAUAUAAGAUCAAGAAAUGCUUCAAAUGAAACAUUUACAGGCGUUUCAUCUUUAGUAUCAGCUGUCAUCCAAUGUUAAAGAACGAGAACAUUCAGAUGAUGCCAAACUGAGGUUGGGCUGGAUCCAUCGCUCUUGGCCCACAUGUUGUAAAUAAAAGACAAAUGUUUGUAA